CGAUGACGUUCCGUUGAGAGCGGUGGUUCGUUCGGGUGGGCCGCGCUCUCUGGCGAAUAUUUGUGAGAUAAUUAUUAUUUCCGAGUUAACCGGCGCCCUAGCGACCGCGGGUAGCCAUGGCGGACGAGGAGAAUAAUUGUGAUGACGGUGGUGGUGAAUAUAAAGCUGGGCAGGCGUUCCGUUUGCGGGGCCGCAAGGGUGCGCUCAAAAAGAAGAAUGUUUAUCUGAUAAAAGACCACAAGUUCAUGCCGAGGUUCUUCAAGCAGCCGACGUUCUGUUCCCACUGCAAGGACUUUAUAUGGGGCUUCGGGAAACAAGGAUACCAGUGUCAGGUGUGCAGCUUCGUAGUCCACAAAAGAUGUCACGAGUAUGUCACGUUCACGUGCCCCGGCGCAGACAAGGGGGCGGAUUCCGACGACACACGAACGAAGCACAACUUCCGCAACUGCACAUACUCGUCCCCGACGUUCUGCGACCACUGUGGCUCUCUCCUGUACGGCCUCAUCCACCAGGGCCUCAAAUGUCAAGCAUGCGACAUGAACGUGCACAAGCGUUGCGAGGAGUCCGUGCCGAAUCUCUGCGGCUGCGACCACACGGAGAGGCGCGGGCGCAUACAGCUCACCGUCUCGUGCCAGGGGAACAAGCUCACUGUUAUAGUGAUACAAGGACGUAACCUCAUCCCAAUGGACCCCAACGGCCUGUCGGACCCCUACGUCAAGAUGAAGCUGAUCCCGGACUCUGACAAUGUCAAGAAAAAAACCAAGACCAUGAGGAGCACCCUGAACCCUGUGUGGAAUGAGACCUUGACUUUCGAUCUCAAGGCUGAAGAUAAAGAUAGGAGGCUGCUCAUUGAGGUAUGGGAUUGGGAUCGUACCUCCCGCAAUGACUUCAUGGGAUCUCUCUCCUUUGGCAUCUCCGAGCUGAUGAAGGCCCCAGCUGACGGCUGGUUCAAGCUCCUCACUCAAGAAGAGGGAGAGUUCUACAAUGUCCCCGUACCUGAGGAGGGCACAGACCUCGCUCAGUUGAAGAACCAGAUGAGAGCAACCAGCGUUGGAGCCCGUAGGCCUCCGCCACCGCCGGAUAGGGAGGUGCCCCAUAAUAUGGCCGCUGCUGAUGUUAUCAGAGCUUCUGAUUUCCACUUCAUCAUGGUGUUAGGCAAAGGGUCUUUCGGCAAGGUAAUGCUAGCAGAACGCCGCGGCACAGACGAGUUAUACGCCAUCAAAAUCUUGAAGAAGGACAUCAUCAUACAAGACGAUGAUGUGGAGUGCACCAUGGUGGAGAAGCGAGUGCUCGCGCUCAGCAGCAAGCCGCCCUUCUUGGUGCAGCUGCACUCCUGCUUCCAGACUAUGGAUCGUCUAUACUUCGUGAUGGAGUACGUGAACGGCGGUGACUUGAUGUUCCAGAUACAACAAUGCGGGAAGUUCAAAGAGCCUGUUGCCGUAUUCUACGCGUCAGAAAUAGCCAUCGGUCUAUUCUUCUUACACUCCCGCGGCAUCGUCUACCGUGACCUCAAGUUAGACAACGUUCUUCUCGACCAAGACGGACACAUUAAGAUCGCUGACUUCGGCAUGUGUAAAGAGGGCAUUACCGGUGACAAAACUACCAAGACCUUCUGUGGUACCCCCGAUUAUAUUGCCCCAGAGAUCAUCUUAUACCAGCCGUAUGGUAAAUCUGUGGAUUGGUGGGCGUAUGGUGUGCUUCUGUAUGAAAUGCUGGUGGGUCAGCCGCCGUUUGAUGGGGAAGAUGAAGAAGAAUUGUUCGCGGCGAUUACUGAUAAUAGCGUGUCGUAUCCUAAGACUUUGAGUAAGGAAGCCAAAGACGCAUGCAAGGCGUUCCUAACAAAGAACCCUCAGAAGCGCCUCGGCUGCAACGCGCGCGGCGAGGAGGACGUGCGCACGCACCCCUUCUUCCGCCGCAUCGACUGGGCCAGGAUCGAGGCCAGGGACGUGCAGCCGCCCUUCAAGCCUAAGAUUAAACAUCGCAAGGACGUAUCGAACUUCGACAAGCAGUUCACCCAAGAGAAGACAGAACUGACGCCGACCGACAAGCUGUUCAUGAUGAACCUCGACCAGACGGAGUUCAUGGGCUUCUCCUUCCUCAACCCAGAGUUCGUGCAGCAUGUCUGAACUAUCAAGGGUUGAAUUUCUCGUCAUUGUUGAAGCUGGCUGCGUGAUGCUCCCGGCCACACGAGCCAGCUCUUCACUCCAUCUGUCGACUGUCUCUGUCACUCACACGGCGCGAGUCGUUCGCUGUCUCACUCUCGACUCUACGUUUAGUUAUCGUUGAUUCUUGAGGGAAUGCCAUUCUUAGGCUCUUCGAAGGAUGUUAGGAGAAGUAUUUGCUCAUUCCCGUUAAUUUUACUACUCUUAUUUUAAGUCGAUGAUAUUCUAUACCAUCCAAUACGACAUGACUAAGUUUGUUUUAUUUACUUCAUUUUUUAUAUCGAUAUUUGAAUGUCACAUCACUAGUUAUGUCACUUUAAAAUGUACUUGACUAAAAUGUGUUGCUUCAUAAUAUGAAAAUGUUAAAAAUGAAACGUUAUCCUAAGAGUAGUCGUUUGGUUAAGUAUAAUUUUUGCAAUAAUUAAUUUAUUUAACUGCAAUAAUAUUUGAAACGGAAUGUAAUCCAACGAAUUUCGCUAAGCAAUAUUAAUUGGAGUAAAACCUUAUUGUUGAAUUUUUGCUCUCUACGUAAUUUACAUUGGCAAUAUUUUUUUCGGCGAUUUUAAUCUAUUUUAAUUUGAGAAUCAUAUUCAGAAUCUCGUGACAUGGCAAUCUCUAAUAUCAUGAUCUUGGGGCCACUUGAUAAUAUAGUAAAUGUUGAUCACCACUCAGUAUUUAUACCUUCUGUCAAAAUAUACUCUAUUAGAAGUCGUUAAAGUUUAUAAUUGCUUGCAAUUUUGACAGAUCGCGUCAAACUGUGUGGAUGUUUUAUGUUCGAUUUUCACGUUUUUAUCACAUAUCAGUGUCGUUUAUAUUGUAAAUACUGUCGUGUCGUGUGGAUGGCAAUAUUGUUAAGCGUUUUAGAUGCCCAAGGGGCUUAAAGAAACAUAUUUAGCGUACGCUACGGAGCUAAGUGAUCGCUUGAAUAUCUUUUUAGAUCUUCUAGCUUAUGUAAAAUUUUAGAAUACUAACCUAAUUAAACUGUCUCAACGCAUUUUAAAGACAUGUGUAUUGCGAAAUUUUAACUUAUUGAGCGAAUGUUUGAACUUAAUAUUAGAUGGAUAUGGAAUGGUAUUAGCGUAAACUAAAUGUGUUUCCUUCUUCAUGUAAUUUCACAAUAAUUUAGCUCAUUAUUAUUUGAAUCUCGAGUUUACUUACGUAGUUAGAGAAUUCUGUUUUAUUGUUGACUUUGAUCAUUUUUGGGCUUUCUUCGAUAAUAAUAUUAUAAUAACUACUCAUUUCUGCCCAAAGAUGUCGUGUUUUGUUUUAAAACAAUGUGCGCCUGUAAAAAGGUCGUGCUAUUAAGUUUUCAUUGUCUAUGGUAUCACGUUGUUUGUUUUUAAAGUUUUUCGAAGUGUCGUGAUCGCAUUUUAUGAUGUAUGGAUGAUCUAAUCGUGUAUCGUAUUAGCUUGACUGUUAGCUUGUAUGCGUGUGUUGGUGAAUGUUCACUUGUGUGCGUGAUUUCGUUUCGAUUCGAUUUGUAUCGAUGUUAUAAUGUCACUAUCAUUGAAAUACAUAAGUAAUCACUGGUUCUCAUAUCAACUGGUAACUCUUUAAGUAAUCAAAAGAAAAAGAUUUGAAGUUUCAAUCCAAUAUCAACAGUAUUUUCAAACAGUAAAUGAAUAAGUUAUGAAUAUUUAUAAUAUCGAUACAAAUUGCCAACAGCAAAUAGCUGUCAAUAAUCGUCUACUAAAAUAGCCUUACUAACUUAAUUAAUAAUUAAACGCUAUAAAAAGUAAAUUUUAAAAUCGUAUAUAAACUCUUGCUAGAUUAAUCGAUGUGGAUUAAAAAUGAAAAAGAAAGCAUUUGAUUCUAAAUUGAAAUGUAAUAAAAUGACAUUUAGGUGUUUUUGUUUUUAUUUUAUAUAAAGUACUUUUAGCUUAAUUAUAAUAAUUAUUAUCUUUCAAUAGUAUUCUCGAUUUGCCGCGCAUUCCCAAUGCGGUUUUGCUAAAGAUAGUUAGAUGUAACAGUAAUUUUUAAAUUCUUUUUGUAGGCGUAAGUGAAUAAAUUUAAGGAAGCUGGCUCGUUUUUACGUCGUUAUUGCAUUUCAUUUAAACAGUAUUCAAGAAUCAAGAUAAUUAUUUUUUAUUUAUUUUGACAUUUAUUUUUGUACAUCUUUAUAAUUUACUGACAGCAUUUUAUUUUUUACAUGGCAACAUUUAUACUAACAUUCUUAAUUUAAACGCAUAUAUUUUUCUGUUCAUUGUGAAAACCAGCCAGCCUCGUAGGUUAACAACAGCUGGAGCGGGAGACAACGUAGAGGGCGCGAACGCACCCACCCAUCCUCGUGUCUGCGCGUACAAUGCGUACAGACAUAUCCCGUGGUCCCGUACAGUUAUAAACACUUAUAAAAUAGCUUGUUUAUAGAGUUCUGUCUUUAAAAUACUCCACAAUGCGAUAUUGUCUCCUACAUAUUUUAAAAACAAAAAAUUGUCUCUGGUGUUAAUCAAAAACGAUGAUUAUGGAUGCCUUAUUCCUUUAUCAGAUAGAAAUUAUUAUUUAAAGAAUCAAAUUAAAACUCAAUAACAAAGGUAUCUCAGAAAAUAACAAUCUGAACAUAAUUCUAUAGUAUCCUACAUAUUUAAGAACUAAAAGAUUAAAUAAAAACUGUGUGCUCUAUAUCAAAGGUAUUUUACACGUGUUUAUAACCACACAAAACUAUAUACCCUCCACCCAGCUACGUUUUCUUUAUAGUUAGUGUUAAUUAGCUAAACUUUUCUGUUAGAAUUUAGAGUACCUUUCUACGAAACUUCUGUGUAAAGGAAUCUUCUCGAUCAGUAAGCAAAAUAUUGCUGUCAAAGAGAAUCAAUCUUAUGCCAGAAAAUCUUUAUUCAUCAAGAGAGAUUACAAUUAUCGAUAUUGGCAAUACCAAAAUAAUAUCGAUGGUAUUACGACCUCUUUAUAUCGAUACUUUUUUAACAAUCUAGGUACCACACUACCAUUGACAAGUAUACGUCUUAAAACUAGUGUCGUGGAAAGGUGCUCUUAAUUAACGUAUAACUUCUAAUUAGUGUCUGCUAGCUUCUGCCUUUACACCCUAUUUUAUUCUGACUUGGUCAAUAAUAGGUAAUAAUAUAAAUUUAAAAAGUUUAUAAAACUUAUAGUUAUUUAUUUAUCUAACCGUUAUUGUAAGAUCUCACUUGUAAAUAAGGCAUAGUUACGAGUUACUUCACACGUUCUGUUGCCUCCACGGACUGUCAAUAAUGACAGAUGACAUCGCGUGAGGAAACUACACCUUCUGGUCAUAAUAUUAAGGUUCAUUUCCAUAUAACCCGUUGAAUAUUAAAAUCUUAGAAUAAGUAUUAUAGUUCAAGCCAUAUUAUCGAGUUUCCAAAUCUUAAGCUUGCUUUAUAUGCUUCGACAUUUUUAUUUUAGUGACGUGCGCUGUGACGUUUAUCGAUAAACUGUUUGAAAAUAUUCUACUCUGACAGCCAUCACUAGUUCCGUGAAAACGUAUUUGAUGAUAUUCCAUUUCUGGGUAACAAUGA